GCGAAUACGUACAUACCUACAUACAUACAUACGGGCGAGCGGCGACGACGUCGACGACGACGAUGACGGCGGCGGCGGCGACCGCUUCUCGCAGUGACUUCCUCGGAGCAGGCUGAUGGCAACGGCCGACUCGAAUGACUCGCGCGCGUCGCUCGUAGCGACCCGGUCGCCGCGCUCCCCGCUGCUGCCUGGGCUCCUUCUCCCCCCUCCCAAUCCUCACUCACUCUCUCUCUCUCUCUCUCUACCGCGUGGGGAUCUCCCCGUGGUAGCGGUGGUGCGUGCCAUGACUGCCACAGAGAAACGGGUGCCACGGGUAGUCGUUUAGUCGCGUUUGGUCGCGUUGUUGCGUGCGUGCGUAGCAGUGGUGCGUGAAUUGGCGCGAGUCGCUUGACGCGCGCGAGCGAGUGAGCGAGCGAGCGAGGGCGACGGUGAACAGCGGUUCCCCGGGAGAGAUCGAGAGAGCAGAUCUCGAGUGUGCGUGUGCGCGCGGUGCAGAUCAGUGGUGAUCGCGCGAGAGAGCUUGUCCGCCGGUGGAUGUUAGAUGUGUCAGUAUGGAAAACCAGACGUUCGGAAUGGACCAGUUCUGCGGCACGAAGUUCUGGGAUGCUAAUCUCACAUGGUACACAGACAACCCAGAUUUAACAGUAUGCUUCCAAAAGACGAUAUUAGUAUGGGUGCCAUGUAUAUUUUUAUGGACGUUCUCGGCGAUGGAAGCGUAUUACCUAUUAAAUAGCAAAAGGAGAAAUGUCCCGUACACAUGGUUAUUUAUUUCUAAGCAAGUACUUACAGUAGGAUUAAUUUUACUGUCCAUAGUCGACUUAGGAGUGGCGAUACAUGAAAGUACUUAUCGUACGGUCUACAAUGUUGAUUAUUGCACACCCGUUAUAAAAAUUGUUAGCUUUAUGUUAGUAUCAACUUUAAUGCAAUACAAUAGAAAACAUGGAAUGCGAACGUCAGGUCUUUUAUUCCUGUUUUGGUUUCUUCUUGCGUUAUGUGGAUGUGUCCAAUAUAGAAAUUUUGUAAACGAAUUCAUUAAAGGGGCAGAGCCGACGUAUCCAUUGGUGUCUUACAUGAUCUACUAUCCAAUAGUAGUGAUAUUAUUUGUACUUAAUUUCCUGGUCGACGCAGAGCCUAAAUUCUCCGAAUAUCCAACGGUUGAAAUGCCAUGUCCAGAACAAAGUUCUUCAUUCCCCUCGAGAAUUCUUUUCGCGUGGUUUGACUCUUUGGCAUGGAAGGGUUUCCGAAAACCACUCGAAACGUCCGACCUGUGGUCCAUGAAUCCGGAGGACAUGGCCACGGAGAUCGUACCAAAAUUCGACAAAUAUUGGAAUAAGAGCUUAAGAAAGACAGACGAGCUGAUUUGGACUUACUUUAGAGUAGAAAGUGCAAAAGCGUCGUACCGAAAAGCGUCUGGACAAGUGGAUUUUAACAGCAGUCGGAAAAAGAAAAUUGCCUCUAUCUUACCGCCUAUUUGCAAAGCUUUCGGAGCAACAUUCAUGUUCGGCGCAUUCCUGAAAUUGAUUCAAGAUAUUAUGACUUUUAUUAGCCCAGAAAUAUUAAAGCUUUUGAUUGAUUUUAUCGAUGGCGAUGAAUCAAUGUGGAAAGGAUACCUUUACGCCGUGUUACUUUUGCUUACGGCAAUACUUCAGACACUAGUGCUAUCCCAAUAUUUUCAUCGUAUGUUUUUGGUCGGGCUCCGUAUACGUACCGCGCUAAUCGCGGCGAUUUACCGUAAAGCAUUGAGAAUGUCGAAUGCAGCGAGAAAGGAGUCCACGCUUGGCGAGAUAGUGAACUUGAUGUCUGUAGACGCUCAAAGAUUUAUGGACCUAACCGCGUAUAUAAAUAUGAUCUGGUCAGCACCCCUGCAAAUAGCCCUAGCCUUAUAUUUUCUUUGGAACAUAUUAGGACCAGCCGUACUUGCCGGUUUAGCAGUUAUGAUUAUUCUUAUUCCUAUAAAUGGAUUAAUCGCCAACAAGGUGAAGACGUUACAAAUUAGACAGAUGAAGAGCAAGGACGAGAGGGUAAAGUUAAUGAACGAAGUACUUAACGGUAUCAAAGUGUUGAAACUCUACGCGUGGGAACCUUCAUUUGAGCAACAGAUACUUAAAAUCAGAGUCAAGGAGAUUCAAGUGUUAAAAGAAGCGGCGUAUCUGAAUGCCGGCACGAGCUUCAUAUGGUCGUGCGCGCCCUUUUUGGUAUCUCUGGUAUCUUUUACAACUUACGUACUUCUAGAUGAAAAGAACGUCCUAACUAGUAAAAUCGCUUUUGUUUCGCUUAGUUUGUUCAAUAUCUUAAGAUUUCCAUUAUCUAUGCUGCCUAUGAUGAUUGGUAACAUAGUUCAAGCUUACGUCUCUGUAAAACGUAUUAAUAAAUUUAUGAAUAUGGAGGAGCUGGAUCCUAAUAAUGUACAGCACGAUCCGUCGGAACCACACGCGUUAGUUAUUGAAAACGGUAGCUUCUGUUGGGAUAGCGAAGAAAUCGAGAGACCAAUACUACGAAAUAUCAAUUUCCAUGCAGACCAAGGUCAAUUAAUAGCAAUAGUUGGUACAGUGGGAUCAGGCAAGAGUUCCCUUUUAUCCGCUUUGCUUGGCGAGAUGGACAAAAUAAGCGGGAAAGUAAAUACAAAAGGAUCAAUUGCAUACGUCUCGCAGCAAGCGUGGAUACAAAAUGCGACGUUGCAGGAUAAUGUUUUGUUCGGAAAGGCCCUAAACAAAUCAGUAUAUAAUCGUGUGAUUGAAGCGUGUGCGUUGACUCCGGACUUUAAGAUGCUGCCCGCGGGAGAUCAAACAGAGAUUGGGGAAAAAGGCAUAAAUUUGUCCGGUGGUCAGAAGCAGAGGGUAGCCUUAGCUAGAGCUGUAUAUAACGAUUCGGAAAAUUAUUUCUUAGACGAUUCUUUGAGCGCGGUGGAUUCACACGUAGGAAAACACAUUUUUGAAAAAGUGAUAGGUCCAAAUGGCCUGUUGAAGAAGAAAACUAGGAUAUUUGUUACGCAUGGCAUCACGUACCUGCCAGAGGUCGACAACAUCAUCGUUCUUAAAGACGGCGAGAUAACGGAACGCGGUACCUAUAAGCAAUUGCUGGAGAAGAAAGGUGCUUUCGCCGAUUUCUUAGUACAGCACUUACAAGAAGUUGGAAAUCUGCACGUUGAUGAGGGUUCUGAAGCAGAUUUACGCGAAAUUAAACAGCAGCUUGAAUCAACAAUUGGGGCGGACGAGCUGCAACAAAAAUUAACUCGAGUACGGUCCAGGAUAUCCGAGAGUCUAAGUGAAUCCGAUAGAAAUUCUGUAGCAGACAAAAAAUCACUUAACGGUUCUUUGACAAGGCAAUACUCGACGGAAAGCCAACAGUCGGUGAAUUACAUGCACAGCAAUAGUACAAAGGAGAAAGAAGCAGCAUCAAAACCUAAUAACAUUGGAGAGAAGCUGAUAGAGGUUGAGAAGACCGAAACUGGAAGCGUAAAAUGGAAAGUGUACUCUCACUACUUGAAAUCUAUUGGAUGGUUCUUGUCGAUAUCGACAAUUGUGAUGAACGCGGUCUUUCAGUCGUUUAGCAUCGGCUCGAGCGUUUGGCUCAGCAUCUGGUCGAACGACAACCAGACCAUUGGGAAUAAUACGAUUGACACGGCGAAACGAGACAUGUACUUAGGGGUGUACGGCGCACUCGGUUUUGGUCAAGCCUUUUUUGUAAUGCUGUCACAGAUAACAUUGAUUAUCGGCAGUCUACGGAGCAGUAGAGUACUGCAUUAUGACUUGUUGUUCAACAUUCUACGAUCACCUGUAGGAUUCUUUGACACUACGCCGUCCGGCAGAAUAUUAAACCGUUUUGCGAAGGAUGUUGACGUAAUAGACAACGUUCUACCUCAUAUUCUUAGGGCUGCGUUGAUGUGUCUAGCAUCGGUAAUAGCUACUCUCGUUGUCAUAAGCUACAGUACACCUAUAUUUAUCGCGGUGAUACUGCCAAUAGGCGCGAUUUAUUACUUCAUUCAACGUUUUUACGUUGCCACGUCGCGCCAAUUAAAACGAUUAGAGUCCGUGUCGAGAUCUCCUAUAUACUCGCAUUUCAGUGAAUCGGUGACUGGUGCGCAAAUAAUUAGAGCGUAUGGCGUGCAAGAACAAUUUAUCCAUGAAUCUGAAAAUAGAGUGGAUUUCAAUCAAGUGUGUUACUUUCCUAGCAUUAUUGCAAACAGAUGGCUGGCCGUGAGAUUAGAGAUGGUUGGAAAUUUAAUUAUAUUUUUCGCAGCUCUAUUCGCUGUUUUAGGUAGAGAUACUAUGAGUUCAGGACUUGUUGGUCUAUCGGUCAGCUACGCCUUACAAAUUACCCAGACCUUAAACUGGCUGGUGCGUAUGACGUCUGAUGUCGAGACAAAUAUCGUUGCGGUAGAGAGAAUAAAGGAGUACGGCGAGACCACGCAAGAGGCGUCGUGGAAAAACGCGGAGAAUAUGCCUGCGAAAGAGUGGCCUAAGCACGGUCGCGUCGACUUCAAAGACUUCAAAGUACGCUACAGGGAGGGAUUGGAUCUCGUGCUGAACGGUUUGACGUUUAGCGUCCUCGGCGGCGAGAAGAUUGGCAUAGUGGGUAGAACCGGCGCUGGAAAGUCGUCCUUGACAUUAGCGCUCUUCAGAAUAAUCGAGGCGGCUCAUGGGAAGAUCUUGAUCGACGACGUCGAUAUUUCGAAGCUGGGCCUUCACGAUUUGCGCUCGAGAUUGACCAUUAUUCCUCAGGAUCCCGUAUUGUUCUCAGGAACUCUAAGGAUGAAUCUGGAUCCCUUUAAUUGCUAUUCCGACGAGGAAGUUUGGAGAGCGUUGGAGCACGCUCAUUUGAAAUUAUUUGUAAAAAACUUGCCAAGCGCUCUUUUACAUGAAGUCACUGAAGGUGGGGAAAAUUUGAGCGUAGGGCAACGACAGUUGAUCUGUUUGGCAAGAGCAUUGCUUAGGAAAACGAAAGUUCUGAUAUUGGAUGAGGCGACAGCCGCGGUUGAUUUAGAAACAGACGAUUUAAUUCAGACUACCAUCCGCCAAGAAUUUAAGGAUUGUACAGUUCUUACAAUAGCCCACAGACUCAACACUAUUUUAGAUUCUGACAGGGUGAUUGUACUAGACAACGGUCUGAUCGUCGAAUAUGAUUCUCCGGAAGUGCUACUUCGCAAUUCAUCUAGCUCUUUUUACAGUAUGGCUAAGGACGCAGGUCUAGCUGCUUAAGUAAAAAAUUCAUAUCACGAUUUUUUUAGCUAUACGUUAUUCGCGAGUCGACGUCGAAAUAAAUGAUACGCAGAAAGCUAUAGAACAAAAACAGGCAUAGAGCCUUUAGCAUAGAUUAAUUUGUAUAGCGCAAUAUUUCUACGCAGAACAAGCGAGAGCGUUUGACGUAACCGACGGUGCAAUAGCGCUGAAGUCUUGUCAGAAUUGUUGCCAGAUCUUAUUUCUUGAUGAGUAAUGACUCUUCGCGAUUGUAUCGUCGAUUAUCGAACCUCAUAUAUUCUAGGAAUAAGUUUUGUAGUGACGUCUUUCAUCAUACGAAGCAAACAACGCGACACACCUCAUUUCUAAACUAGCGUCGAUAUCCAAUCUAACUUUAACUGGGCAGUAGUCGGGUGGAUUCCUGUUUGAUCAAUAUGUUAGCAUUCUAAUAAAUAGAAUAUCAACGAUUUAUUUUUCAUGACGCACUCUCUCUUUAUUAUGCCUGUCCAUCUUUAUAACUUGUAAUUAACGUACUUAAUUACAAAUAUUUUUGUGAAAGCAGAUUUUUAUCUGCUUUAUUCGCAUUUGUAGAGCAGCGAUACUUAUUUAAAUUAUAUUGUAUAAUAUAUAAUAUAUUAAUACUAUAUUUAAUAUUGAUACGAUAAUAUCGUAUUAUGUAUCAUUAUUAUAGAGGGUGUUUCAAAAGUGAAAUUUUAUGUACUUACGGAGUGUAAUAGUGUUGAAUAAUUUUUAAGUAAAUAUUUUUUUAAAAAUAGCAUUUGCAAACCAAAGAAUUAAUUAGGAAUAGGUUUCUAAAAUAUUUGAUCAAGCGAUAGGAAUCUUUGUACCCGACAACUUCUAAGUUAAAUUAUGCCCAUUUGAAUAGUUCCAGCUAUUGAAGUAAGCCUCGAUAAAAACGCGUGUACAGUGAUCGAUAAAAAUGCGUGUUCACUCAGAUUAAAAAAGAAGAGGAAAGAAAACGAAGAGUUAAUUAACCAAGAUUGUUCCAAAUAACCCAUUAAUUUAGAUAAAUGAACUUCAAAAUACUGUUCUUAUAAUUACUGCUUGAACGAUAUUUGGGAUGUGUUCUCUAUAGAUUUAAGCAUGCAUAAAUUUUUUUCCAUAGAUUAUAUCGUUCAUUUAGAAAAGUGCAUUUUUUACAUUUUCCGUUAACAUAUGACAAUCAAUCGUAAUAAUAUUAUUUGUUUUUAUCUUUAUUAAAUUACACACAUAAUAGAUCAAUCGAAAUGUAUUUGGUGCAUAUUAGAUACAAGUUAAUUUUAAAUCGAACCAUUCACUACCGCUUAUAUGUGACUUAAUAUUUUAUUUUUACAUAAGUCACAUUUAUUAAAGCGAAUAAUGACAGUGUUAUAGUGACAAUUUCAAUUUAGUAUACAUUUUGUAUGCGGCAAAAGUAUUUUGGGAAGUAAUGUGACAUCACAUUUUACUGUAUAUACUCUAUCCCUUUAUAAAGUUUCAUGUAUUAUCCAAAGUAUAUAUAAUAGUUAUGUAACAUCUGUGCCUAUUUUACAAUGAGCAGAGAAAUCGCAUUUAGUAUCAACGAUACUACGCAAACUUUUUAAGCUGUAACUCAUACUUUGUUUCUUUUCAAAUGAUUUUAUCGCCUUCAUAGGUAAAUCAUACUUUAGCUAGUGUUCUCUUAAACUAUUUUCUAUUUUGUAUAGAAGUCGUACAUGUACUAGAUUUGUAUAGCAUUUUAAUCUCUUUAAUAUCAUAUAUAUUAUUAGAUUGUCAUUGGAUACUUUUGAUAGUAUUAAUAUUGCAUUAACUUGCCUUGUUUUAUUAUAUUAUUAUUUUGUAUUUGUUACUUUAUUCGUAAAAGUAAGGCUGUUGAAAACGAGGUAAUUAUUAGAGGUCAUUCUACAAUCGCCUAGUGCCUAUUAAAGUUCCAUCAUUUGGAAGUAAUAAUUUAAUAUUCAUGAGAAAAGCUACAAUUAAACUUACAAAGGAAGGAAGCGUGUUGUUUAUUCAAUAACAAGCGUAUCCGAGCUAUGAUAUAAAUAUAAAAGCCAAACCGCCAAGUAAACAAAGUUACGCCAGCACGUUAACUCGAUGCAAUUAAUAUAAUCUACUUAAGCUUUCUUUCGCAAAACUGCAAGACUUGCAGAUCUGGUAUAACCAGAUUAUGAUUAGAAAAUACUUCAGUAUCCUGACUACAAGUUCCAAAUUUAUAUCGAGAGAUCUCUUUUUACAAUUUUAUUAGUAAGUUGCAUUUAAAUUUUAGUAAAUUACCAUUUAAAUCAAAAUAUAAAGUGUACAAAAACUGUCCGUUCAUUAAACUCACGUAACGAUUUAUAUUUUUCGUUUAAUAUAAGUUUUGUUGUUUUAUGAAAUUUGGCUCUUUGUGUAUCUGUACAAAACUUUCAUUAUCGACAUAUUUAUAAUCUUUUUCUCGUGUAAAGUUAGAAAUUCGUAGAAAUUUAUCUUGCCAUUCAUAAAGCUAUGAAUAUUAAACGAUCUUUCAACUCUUUUUCGAAUUUAGCUACUUAAUAAGUUGUGCCGCGAACAUGUGUUCGACUAAAUUGGAAUGAAAAUUUACUUGAAUAUUUAAUAUUCACAAUGCUUGAAAAUCUGCCUCGAAAGAGUUACACAAGAUUAAUUAUUUACGAUUAUAUAUUGCGAAGAGAAAACGCGAAAUUGUAUUCUGGCACUAUUGUUAAUAAUGUAUAGAUUAAAGCACUCAUUAAAUAUUUUUUGUUAACUUUUUACUUAGAGGUUACACUUAUGGUUUCAAUUAAAUUAUAAUAUCUAUUGUUUUUAGCAACGCAUCUUGUUUAAUUAAACUUCUCGAAACCCGAGCACAGCGGCGAUGAAUCGUACGUUUCCUUUUUUUAGCUUUUUCUUUAAUGCAUCCAUUACUGUUUAAGAUGUUUAAUAUAUAUCUGAAGUUUAUAUAUCUGAACAAUGCUGAUUUAUGUAGAUAUAAAACGAAAAAGAUAUGUAAACGCGCAAAAAAUUUCGAUAUCGGUUUCAAUCUGCGAACUCUGUAUCAUUCGUUACCUUAGACAUAAUAUUAAGUAUUAAAAAAGCUAAAAAGAGCCAGGGAAUAAAAAGAUUCUACUAUACUGUACUACACGCGCAUGCGAGAGAGCUUACUAACAACAACUGCAAUAAGCGCGGAAGGAAAAGUGCCUUCUUGUAAUAACAAAGAAAAAGAAACAAAAGCAGGAAACCGAGACGUACCAUUUAUAGGAUAAAUUUAGAAAUUUGUCAAUCUGUAUAUUCAAUUUUUUCAGCGUGCUUCUCUCUUUCUAUAUAUAAUCUAAUUGUAAAAUUUUGAAAGAAUCCCAGCUGUUGUCGCUUUCAGCUGGUUUUGCGUUUCGUUAUGCGUCUUUGAAUAUGUAAUAUAUGCAUGUAUAAUAUAUUUUAUUUUUCGUCUGUUAUAUUUAUUGUCCGCGCAAAAAGAUUAGCUGUGUAUAAAAAAAAUAACAGGGAAAUAUAACGGAGUUUGACUCGAA